AAUUGUUACUCAGGGACAGACACAGAAUUGUUACUCAGGGACAGACACAGAAUUGUUACUCAGGGACAGACACAGAAUUGUUACUCAGGGACAGACACAGAAUUGUUACUGAGGGACACAGAAUUGUUACUGAGGGACACAGAAUUGUUACUGAGGGACACAGAAUUGUUACUGAGGGACACAGAAUUGUUACUGAGGGACACAGAAUUGUUACUCAGGGACAGACACAGAAUUGUUACUGAGGGACACAGAAUUGUUACUCAGGGACAGACACAGAAUUGUUACUGAGGGACAGACACAGAAUUGUUACUCAGGGACAGACACAGAAUUGUUACUGAGGGACAGACACAGAAUUGUUACUCAGGGACAGACACAGAAUUGUUACUCAGGGACAGACACAGAAUUGUUACUCAGGGACAGACACAGAAUUGUUACUCAGGGACAGAC